AUCUUUAAUAAUAACUAGUAUUAUGGUGGCCGAACAAGGUGGAAUUGUAGAAGUAUCUAGUGAUUGUGUUUGCAUCAAUGAUGAUGAUCAUCAAUUUAAUAAUAAUAAUAUUAGUAAUUUAAAUAAUGUAGUAAUAACAAAUGAUGAACAACCAAUCAAGACAAGAUUCCAAGAAUUACCCUUUGAAGUUUUGCUCCACAUUAUGGAUUACUUCUUUCCUUUCUAUUCUCACUUUGAAAAGGCUACCCGAGAGAAGAGUAGUAAUAUUAAUUUCACUGAUCGUAGAAAAUCCAUCAUGAUACUGAGUGAAGUUUUGCAUCGUGUAUUCUCUGCUCCUUCUUUCAUGUUGGAAACACGAAUUGUACAAUGUGGUGGGGAUGCCAUGUUGCAUUUCAACUCAAACCAGCAGGUAUCAUACAAGUAUUUGAAUACUAAUCGCGACAUUGAUGUACGGGCAUUGGCUUUACGACAAUACAUCAUUGAUGAGGUUAUUUGUGAAUUUUACAAUUUAAUUAGAGUUUCAAAGAGAACUUUCUAUUCGUUUCUGAUAGAGGAUUGCUAUGACUUGCUGGUUGUGAAAUUGAUUUGGGAAGGCCUACAUCAUUGUAUCAGAAAUCCUGACUUGGUACUUGACAAUGCUAUGGUAGAUUUGGAAGAAAUUCAGCCAUUACCAGGCAGCCAGUAUAUUAUUUCAGAGCCACUUUAUUUAUAUGUUUUGAGAUCGAGAUUGGAGCCUAUUUUGUUCGUUAGAUUAUUCCUUUCACAGCCAAGUUUUGGAUUUUCCAAUUAUGUGACUUGGAAACUCGGCAAAAAUGUAAAUCUCACCAAUGAAAUCACAGAGUCUGAUUGGAGUUCAUUCUUAGACUUUAUUCGUGAGCAAGUUACUAGAUAUCCCCUACUGAAAUCUGGUACAAAGUUCAGCUCCAGAUUCCAGACUGAAGAUUUUGUAUUUAUCAAGAAGUGUGGUUUUGAUACAGAUUCAAUUGUAAAGCUGGUUUAUAUCGAUUUGGAUAUUCCAAUCGGAGCAGUGAGUACACUGAAAUCUAUAGAAUCUCCUAUACUGUGGAAGGCCAUUUUGGAAAGGAAGGGAAAUAAUUUCAGUGCACUUGAAAUUUGCGAGGAUGGUCCACUAUUUUUAGCUGUUCUUAAGAAUCUUAGAUUAGAUAUUUUGGAAUUAAUAAUGCAACUUCAACAAGAGAAUUCAUCAGACCUGGACUCGUUCUUCAAUGGACUAUUAUCACCUUUAUACACACUCAUUUCAGCAUGUAUGUAUGAUGAUAAUUUUGAAGAGAAGAGUGAACGAAUAGGGCGUAUACUAAAAACGAUGAGAAGGAACUUUUUGCCUUUUCUUGAUAUAUUUACAACUCCCUCAUCCUGUCUUCACCUGCUUAUUUCACGAACAGCUGAAAUUUUCCAGUUCAAAUUAUCCUUUUAUUAUCCAACACAGUACUGCAAGACAGUAUUCCAAGUAUUUUAUCGAGUUUUUGUAGAGGAAUUGGAGCAGUCACAGUAUGAAAUCCUUGCUGCAGGUUUGCCUAGCCUUGUAUUGCAAGCUGUUGGUGUUCCGUUUUUCUUUCCAAUAUUGUUUGAUAAGAGUUUACCUCCAUACAUUCUAACUCUUCACAAGAGGAUGCUUGCUAAUCCAACAGAUGACAUUUUUGGGAUACUUUUGGAAAGUUAUGGAGCUAAACCACAGCAAAGUAUUUCUCCAUUGAGAACUAUUUUUGAAUGUGUGAAAGAAAAUCCAUUUGCAUUCAGAGACACUCUCAUUCAAAAUAAUUUUGCAGAAAAGCUAAAUGAUUUUAUCCAAAAUAUUCCCCAAGAAAAUAAUUCUAUUGAAAUAAGUGCUCUCAAAGAAAUUCUCCAAGAUUUAAAUACUCUCUACAAUUAGAUGAUUCAAAGAUUUUAUAAUACUGUAUCAUUCAUCACUGAUGGUGGUUUCUAAAUCAGUUUGGUCUGUAGGAGAUCUUCUGAAAAAGACAACUCGCCAAAACUGUUUCGAACCAAACCAAGUUUCCAACCAUCCAAUGUCUUCCGGAGGAGAAUUAAUGAACCACUCAAACCACACAUGACACAGAGCUAAUCUUACAAUCAAAUAACUGAACACUCCAAAAGGGCAAGCCAUAAGUGUCAACAUUAUAAUACCACAGGUGAUGAUGUGUGGAAUUUUCCUACUGAUGGCAUCAUUGUAAAUGAAAAUUGCACACAAUGGAUCAGUAAAUAAAUAAUGUAUCCAUCCU